AUGGCCACCAGCAGUGUGUGGCGGCCCUCUUGCCCGUCACCUCUCCCACUCCCGCACACCCCGAGGGCACACACCCCGGUGCACCUCGCCAGUUAUUAUGGCCACGUGGAGGUACUGGAGCAGCUGGCAGGUGCUGGCUGGCCCCUCACCGCCAGGGACAGUGAUGGCAACACACCCAUGCACUCUGCUGCGGCCGGGGGUAGAGUGACAUGUGUGCAGUGGCUGGUGCAGCGAGGCGGUGACACAAGCAUGCAAAAUAAUGCUGGACACACCCCGCUUGACGAGGCAGGGUUAAGCAUAGAAGGUGGAGGCACCACUGACAUUACACCGCUGAUGAUGGCUGCCCAGUAUGGCCACGCCCAAACAGUGAAGGCGCUGCUGGACCUCCGUGGUAACCCUCUGGCCAUGGAUAGUAGAGGUGAGGCUGUGCUGGCAUACACCCCGGUGCACCUCGCCAGUUAUCGUGGCCACGUGGAGGUACUGGAGCAGCUGGCAGGUGCUGGCUGGCCCCUCACCGCCAGGGACAGUGAUGGCAACACACCCAUGCACUCUGCUGCGGCCGGGGGUAGAGUGACAUGUGUGCAGUGGCUGGUGCAGCGAGGCGGUGACACAAGCAUGCAAAAUAAUGCUGGACACACCCCGCUUGACAAGGCAGGGUUAAGCAUAGAAGGUGGAGGCACCACUGACAUUACACCGCUGAUGAUGGCUGCCCAGAAUGGCCACGCCCAUACAGUGAAGGCGCUGCUGGACCUCCGUGAUAACCCUCUGGUCAUGAAUAGUAGAGCAGUGUGUGGCGGCCCUCUUGCCCGUCACCUCUCCCACUCCCGCACACCCGAGGCACACACCCCGGUGCACCUCGCCAGUUAUUAUGGCCACGUGGAGGUACUGGAGCAGCUGGCAGGUGCUGGCUGGCCCCUCACCGCCAGGGACAGUGAUGGCAACACACCCAUGCACUCUGCUGCGGCCGGGGGUAGAGUGACAUGUGUGGCAGUGGCUGGUGCAGCGAGGCGGUGA